AAUUUUCACGUGCACUCUUCAACAUUUUAUGUCUUUAUCAGUUUUCAAACUCGUAUCUGGAGAGCUUAAACUAGGUCGGCAAGUGAUCAUUACAUAAUUGAGACGAUAAAUGUUAAUCUUUACUCCCUAGACUUAAGUCAAGGUUGUGAUUGUUUGCCAAUAAUGUGAAUUUAAACUGUACGAAUGCUUGCGUAUGACAUCUGUUAAGGAUUUAAACCAGCAAAGUGCGUGAUCGGAUAAGAAUCACCCAAAGUCAUCUCUACUGCCCUUGAAACAAAAAGUCCUCAGGUUGCAGAAAAAACAUGGCAAGCGGACUGCGUUUUAAAGACAAGGUUGCUAUAAUAACGGGCGGUUGUAGCGGUAUCGGUGAAGGAUGUGUAGAAGUAUUUGCUGAGAAUGGUGGAACAGUGGUGGUGUUUGAUAUUAAUGACGAGGUUGGGAACUCGCUAAAAACUCCAGGACCUGGAAAAAUAAUUUACGUACAUUGUGACGUCACAGACGAACAAGAAAUAAAGAAAUCCAUUGAAGACACAGCUGCAAAGUUUGGCAGUAUUGAUUGUCUCGUGAACGAUGUUGGACACCAUCACGGCACUCACACCAUUGACGAGCUGACUGUAGAAAGUUUCCGACAAAUACUGGAUGUAAAUGUCGUUAGCAUGUUCGCGAUGAGUAAGUACGCGUUGCCACAUCUCCGGAAAUCUAGAGGGAGUAUAGUGAAUAUUUCAAGUUUUAGCGGAACAAAUGCGCAAGCAAAGACUCCAACAUACUGCUCUUCUAAGGGUGCUAUCAUAUCCUUGUCAAAGGCUCUGGCUAUUGACGAGGCCAAAAACGGAGUAAGAGUGAAUACAGUAUGUCCUGGUCCUAUAAAUACACCAUUACUUCGGGCUUGGCUCGAAAGUGAUGAUGAAAAACGUAAACAGGCGGAAAAUUGGACGCAACUGGGAAGAUUUGGAGAGCCACGCGAAAUAGGACUUUCAUGUCUUUUCCUAGCAACAGAAGCUACAUUCACGACUGGUACGGAACUAAUGUGCACCGGCGGAUGUGAAAUUGGAUAUGGUGUCAAAGCGGACUUUUAAAAUGAUUAUACAGUCAUAAUAAACUUAGUAAUUACUGUAGUGUAACUGCUUCUGAAUGAAAUUCUGCAAAAGAACUAGUUUUCUGACAUCACACAGACAACCUGCUAAAAAAUUACAAUUCGACAGACUGGACCUUGCAAAUAGCCUUCAAAAUAAAUAGACAUUUCUCAUAUUCCUUUAUUUGUUAGUUAAAGUGCUUUUUAUUUGACCUGGCGGAGUUAAUCUCUGGCCUAUGCUAAUAAAAAACGAGCACAAUAGGUAGAGCUACAGUGGUAAAGUGUAAGGCCAAUAAAUAAGAAAUCUUGUUGCCGAAUUUACUACAUAUCCUGCACAAUAAUGCAGAGGGCUUUCACAAAACCCCGUCCCACCAGGUCGAUUAAAAUGAACUAUAACACAGCAUUAAAUAGCUUUCUUGAAGAAUUUAUUUUGUAAUAUCAUUGAGUUUAUAUUUUGUAUAAACUGUCUUUAUAUUUUUGUAUUGGGUAGGAUGCAUUUGCACUUUAUUUCCCAAUUAUUACGGCGUUCUGCAAUCUGUUUGGUGUGUUGUUAUGGUAACGGAAUGGAAGAGAUUUCAAGCCGUCUGCGAGUAUUAUUCUUUAUAAAGUGCUGGGUAUAAGAAAAUCCGUGUAAAUGUGUUGCUCGCUUUAUUUGAGACAAAACGUAUAAAACUAAGAAUUCAGAUUUUUCAAAUCAAAACUUUACUUUUAUAACUACGAAAUUUGAUUUUUUUACGUACACAUAGUUGCAUGUAUACAGCAUCAUUAUUUGAAAACUACUAUGUUCUGAAGUAAUGACAAUUCGGAGCUAAUUUUUGUAAAAGUAAAGCAAAAAAAUAUACUCGUACUCGUGUUACACAAGUAUGUAAUCAAAACCUUAAUAAUUUUGUUAACCGGAACAUAAAAGGCCGCAAUACAAAUACACGGAAGCUCAAUGCCUAAGACGGAAAGGAUGUUGAAAGAUUUGCGCAUGAAAACCAAGUAAUGUCCUUCCGUCAGUAACAUCUUAUAAAGCAUAACGAAUACGCUGAAAAACAGAUACUUCAGUAGGUCAGUGGAAGGAUCAGCAAAAUUGCUACCUGUACUACAAGUGAAACACUACUAGUGAACAUUAAUGUUUAUUAUGGAAUGCAAAGAAAAUUCAGGGAA